CGGGUUUUUCGGCGAACCCGACUCCUUCUCCAUGUACGGCAGCAACCGGGUGAAGCGGAGACCCUCUCCGUACGAGAUGGAGAUCACCGACGGCCCUCACACGAAGGUGGUUCGUCGCAUCUUCACCAACAGCCGGGAGAGAUGGAGGCAGCAGAACGUCAACGGGGCCUUCGCGGAGCUGCGCAAGCUCAUCCCCACCCACCCGCCCGACAAGAAGCUCAGCAAGAACGAGAUCCUGCGCCUGGCCAUGAAAUACAUCAAUUUCCUGGCCAAGCUGCUCAACGACCAGGAGGAAGAAGGAAACCAAAGGGGCAAGGUGAGCAAAGACUCGGGGAUAGUCCAGGAAGACCUCCUGCAGGACAUGCUGUCCCCCAACUCUAGCUGUGGCAGCUCUCUGGAUGGGGCGGCGAGCCCGGACAGCUUCACGGAAGAGCACGAGGCGCUGGACUCGAAGCACACGCGCAGCCUGCACCACGCCAUCCUCCCUGUCGAAGGCAACGCGCAGCGGUGAUGACCCCCACGCUGCUCCCUGAGGGCCACGGGGGACAGGCCGGGCCUGUGCAGCUGCUGGAACUUGUGCCUGUGGGAUCUGUGACUCUGCCUUUCCCCGGGAGCUCGCUCUGCCCGCGCUGGCUGAGGACCAGACCAGCCCAGAUGAACGUUGGGGGUUUAGGUACGCGACCGUAGGGAGGAGAAAAGCGUUGAGGUCGUCUUUGUUGUACAGAACUGCUCGGGAUGGGACUCUGAGGAGGGGAAGGAGACGUGGCUGGCUCCUCUCUGGCGUUUAGAGGGUUCCCAGACCGCUUGGUGAGCGUCUCUUUGCAAACAUCCAUCUGGGUGAGGCAUGGAACUCCUCUUCCUCUGCCCGCGGAGGCUGCCGGCGCUUUCCAGCUCCACAUGGUGCUGGAAAAUGCUGCAUCACACCAGUGCUGCAGCGCUCCUCCAGCCUGAGCACAUCCAGCUGGUCUGAGCAGGAGCUUGGCCACAUAUUCCUGUUGUCCGAGAGCUUUUGACUGUAUCUUUUUAAAGAGGUGAAAAAAUAUCCUCAGCAAAAGAACUAUUAAAAGGAUUUAGACUAUU